AGGCUUAUUUCCACCGGCGAUAAGAAAUGGCUUCAUUGUCCUUCACAAAAAUCUUUAUCUUGUUCUUGAUUACUUUGCUGUUCUCGAUAUCAAAUGCCGACUUUUCUCCACCAUACAAACUCGUUGACAAAGUUUGUAACAAACUAGAAGACACCGAUGUCUGCUUUCAGAUCCUUGAAUCUGAUGACAGGAGCAAGUUUGCAGAAAAUAUAACUAUCCUUACAACUAUCGCAGUCAAUCAGACAAUCAGACAUGCAAACGCAUUACGAAAUGAACUCCGUGAAUUGAAAACCGGUUCUCCUGUGGACAAUGUUAAACGUUGUCAAAGGAUUGUGGAUUCAAAUGGGGCACAUGGAUCCUUUAUGACAACAGGCAAUAGUGUCACUGUUGAUCUUUAUCUUGAUUUUUUCCGUUUUCUGCAUUCCAACAACAUGAACAUAUCUGGGACGGAUCUUGAUUCUUAAGUUAUCGACCCAGAAAUGACGAAUAUCUGAUUUGGAAACUUUGAUUCUUUCUAACUAGUCGAUGCUCCCUUUCUCCUCCUACAUUUUGGUGGUAUUAGAUUUACCAAUAUUCACAAAGAAUCGUAUUUUUGCAAGUGGGUGGGUCUACCAUUCCCCUUCCAGUGUAUCACUCUCGAUGCCAACCUUCUCUUAUGUUUUUCCAGAUGUAGUGGUUAAUUUUCCAGAGUUUUCUUGAGAACAAUCAAUAGAAACGACCAGCAGACAGAGGGAGUGUGGACAUAGCAGGGAAUGAGGGAGGGGUAUAUUGGUCAUUUUGAAGAAAACAAUGAAUUGGUGUGCAUAUGACUGUAUAUGUGUGUUGAUGUAGCAGAGUAGUAUGACAAAGUCUUCAAGUUUUCUAUCUCACAUUCUUCUGUGAAGAAGGGAGACAAUUUCUUAGGCGUCUGAAACAAAAAAUAUGUAUAACUAGGAUUUUUACUUUUAUGUUCAAGUUAUUUGUUUAAAUAUAUCAUUUGUUCAUAUUCAAUGAAUCUUCCAUGACGUA